AAGCACCGGAAGCUGUCGGACCUCCAGAGCCGAAAGGUGAGGAGUUUCAUUACGCCACCCGGAAGCUAUGGAAAUUCGAAUAAUUUUUCUGGGACGGAUUUGCAGUGUGCACAAGUAGGCGCAUCGUCAUCCUGGUGUAUAAGAGCUGCUGGAGAGCUCCAUCACAUGUCAAUCUAGUCUCUCUCAUCUCGGUUCAACCUCCAGGCUGCUCCUCCUCCUCCUGCAGCGGGGCUCACCUUCGUAGCAUUCGACUUUUUGCUGGGGCUGCAGCAUUUGUGUGAGGGUAGCAGUGCUUGCUGUAGAUUUGCAGAGCCUAGUUGCAGCAGCAGCAGCCAGCGGAGUUGCGAAAUAAACCCAUUCCCAUCAUGAAGGUUGCUUUCGGUGAAGCUGAUGAGGUCUCCAGCCCGGACGCGCUCAAGGGCGCGUUGGCUGAGUUCAUCUCCCUGUUUCUGUUUGUGUUCAUCGGUGUGGGAUCGGUGAUGUCCUACGAGAAGAUCCAUGUGGGUGACUUGGAAGCGGGAGGUUUGCUCAUCAUCGCCAUCGCUCAUGGUUUGGCCAUUGCAAUCCUGGUCGCCGCGACGGCGAACAUCAGCGGAGGGCAUGUCAACCCUGCUGUGUCGCUGGGCCUCGCCCUUGCGGGCAAGAUCACCAUCAUCAGGCUUGUGCUCUACUGGAUUGCUCAGCUCUUGGGUGCCGUUGCAGGUGCCUGGGUGUUGAAAAUCGUGACAACCGGUGAAGACCUCGCCCGGCACGCAAUCGGAGCAGGCAUGACGACGUGGAGCGCAACACUGAUGGAGAUCGUGCUUACCUUCACUCUAGUGUUCGUGGUGUUCGCGACUGCUGUGGAUCCGAAGAAGGGAACCGUGGGAGUGAUCGCGCCUCUCGCAAUCGGCUUCACGGUGCUCGCUCAGAUCUUCGUCGGGGCGCCGUUCUCCGGCGCGUCGAUGAACCCAGGGCGCUCCUUCGGCCCCGCCGUGGUGGCCUGGGAUUUCACCAACCACUGGGUGUACUGGGUGGGGCCUUUCAUCGGCGCUGCCCUCGCGGCGCUCAUCUACGACGGCGUAUUCAUGUCCCCGGCUGCUCCUGAGGGCCACCAGCCCGUCCCCACCGAGUUCUAGACAUCCACAUUUCGUUGCUACGGCGACGCUGGUGUUGUUGUUUUCCUCCUUCUCCUUCUGGUCUCUCCACUCUCUCGCUUGUGGCAGUUUUGUCAGGAGAUUCUCAUAAACAAAUUACUUUACUCUGGAGAUGCGACGAUUUGUGAUAAUUUGUAUGAGUAGCAGCAGCUGCAGCAGCUUUUUUUUAUUUAUUUUUUUAUGUCCGGGUGCACGCCAAGUGCUCCUUCUGUAACAACCAAAACCAACGUUAUCAGUGUUCCAAUGUAUAUGUUAGUUAUCAAACUUUAAUUCCACAAACAUCUUCCUUACACUUUCUUUAA